GCGAGGAUGUCGGUGAAUUACGCGGCGGGGUUGUCGCCGUAUGCGGACAAGGGGAAGUGCGGCCUCCCCGAGAUCUUUGACCCCCCGGAGGAGUUGGAGCGGAAGGUGUGGGAGCUGGCGAGGCUGGUCUGGCAGUCCUCCAAUGUGGUGUUCCACACGGGUGCCGGCAUCAGCACCGCCUCGGGCAUCCCCGACUUCAGGGGCCCCCAUGGGGUCUGGACGAUGGAGGAGCGGGGCCUGACCCCCAAGUUCGACACCACCUUUGAGAGCGCAUGGCCCACACAGACGCACAUGGCGCUGGUGCAGCUGGAGCGUGUGGGCCUCCUGCGCUUCCUGGUCAGCCAGAACGUGGACGGGCUGCACGUGCGCUCCGGCUUCCCCAGGGACAAGCUGGCAGAGCUUCACGGGAACAUGUUUGUAGAAGAAUGUGUCAAGUGUAAGACGCAGUACGUCCGGGACGCCGUGGUGGGCAGCAUGGGCCUCAAGCCCACGGGCCGCCUCUGCACCGUGGCCAAGGCAAGGGGGCUGCGGGCCUGCAGGGGGGAGCUGAGAGACACCAUCCUUGACUGGGAAGAUGCUCUGCCCGACCGGGACCUGGCUCUUGCUGAUCAGGCCAGCAGGAGUGCUGACCUGUCCAUCACCCUGGGCACCUCGCUGCAAAUCCGGCCCAGCGGGAACCUGCCACUCGCCACCAAGCGCCGGGGAGGCCGACUGGUCAUCAUCAACCUUCAGCCCACCAAACACGACCGCCAUGCCGACCUGCGCAUCCACGGCUAUGUAGACGAGGUCAUGACCCAGCUCAUGAAGCACCUGGGGUUGGAGAUCCCCACCUGGGAUGGCCCCCGCCUGCUGGAGAGGGCCCUGCCGCCCCUGCCCCGCCCACCCGCCCCCAAGCUCCAGCCCAGGGAGGAGUCCCCUGCCUGGCUCAAUGGCUCAGCACCUGCCGACCCCAAACAGGAGCCUACAGCUAAGCCCUGUGCCCAGUACAACGGCUCAGAACCUGCCAGCCCCAAACGGGAGCGGCCGGACAGUCCUGCCCCCCACAGGCCCCCAAAAAGGAUGAAGGUUGAGGCUGCUGCCAGCUGACCAGGGUGCUCGGGGAGGGUGGGGCUUUUUGUAGAAACCGUGGAUUCUCCUUUUCUUAUGGCAUCACUUUGGUACUUGUAUCUGUCCUCCGGAGACCUCAGGGUACUGAGGCUGUGCUCCGGGCCCCGUGUCAAACUUGCCCUCCAUGUCGUCUCGCUUGGCUCUGGGAAGCUCUGGUGGGGCCUGGGAAGGAGCUGCACCCUGGAGCUGACAGUCCAGACACCUGCUUCCCCUCACCCCACCAUGCCCCAGCCUCUGACUCAGGACAUUCUGGGGAGGUGGUGGCUGGGCCCUCCCUGGUUUCCAGCCUCAACAAGAAUGAAAUCCCUCUGUCCCCUGGGCCUCGUCUCUGGACCCAUCACACCUCCAACCCCUCCCAGGCUCUUGAUCUGCCUCCCCAAAGCCGCCUUCACAGGUCCUCCAGAAGGGGAGCCGCACCUCCCAGCAGGACAGACAGUAAAGGCUGCCACUGCCUCUGGGGCUGGAGGGAGAGAGCUGGGGCCACCCGGCUUCCUCCAGGAUUCCAGGAAAGUUUUCAAUGCAAUAAAAGCAGAACAUUCUUGUUGCA